GCAACGUUCUACGAUAAAAACCAGCUGACGACGAAAACGACUCCGGCUAAUGGCAAUGGAGGCAGUGGUGGCAACAAUGUACAACAAAAGCGGCAACAUCAGAAACAGCAGCAGCAACAACAACAAUUCUCAGCUCAUGAUGCCUUAAUAGCAUCGACAACGGCCGCAAAGGAUCAGACGACAACAAUAAAUCGCCAAGCCACAGCUGCCCCUGGUUCAGCUUAUCAGAGGCCCUACAGUCAAGUGGCAGUGGCCUAUCAACAGCCACAGGAGCAACAGCCAUCAUUAGUGGCACAGCAUAAACAGAUUGUCCGGGUAGUUGCUAAAAAUAAUAAUGGUAUUCAACAAAAGGAGAUUCAGUAUGUGACAGCUCCUCCUCAUCAGCAUAAUGGCGGAGUUGCUGCCGUUCCUGCAUUUAAUUAUGAACGUUUACCUUUGCAAUAUUUGCAACAACAAUUACAGCAACAGCUGCUUGAGCGUGGGCCAAGUCAUCAUCAGCAUCAGCGUCCCCAGCAAGUACAAUACAUUAUCGCCAUACCAAUGUCAUAUUUGCGUCAAUUGCAAAAUCUGCAGCAACAACAACAACAUCAGCAAUCUCAUUUGUCACAACAACAACAACAAAACAAUGGGCAUCAACAACAGUCAAUUCCACAAUUGCAUUCAUUCGCAUUACAGCCGGGCUAUAGCAUAGCAGCAGGUCCUUUAGCCCGUGAUCAUCAUGGUACUUAUCGUCCUGUUCAUCGCUUUUCACCGACAGCUAUCAAUGAGGUUCAGCAACACAGCAACAGCGCCGGAGGACAGCAGCAUCAGGCAGGCCACCAAGCAUCAGCCGCCCCAGCAUCUCCAGGCUAUAUAACUCAAUAUAUUCAGGUGCCUGCCAGUGCUCUUCUGGCCGCAGCACAACAAGCUCAACUUUAUCAACGUCCUGUAUCAGCUCACACACCAGCAGCCCCACCACCGCCACCAUCUCCACCACAACAAGUUGUCUAUCAACAUCAACCAAGUCAACAGCAUCAGCCGCAGCAGCAACAGGAACCAAUAUCCCAACAGCCACAAUAUUACUACUAUCCCCAACAGCAGUUGCAGCAGCAGCACCAUCCUCCUCAGCCCCAACAUCAAGCUCUAAAAGCAUCUCCCCCCGUUGCCCAACAACACAUUGCUGCACCUGCUGCCGUUCCAGCAUCACCACCACUUUAUGCAUAUCAAAUUCAGGAACAACAACCUACACAACAGCAUGAAUAUCACCAGCAGGCGCCACCAUCUGUACAAUAUCAGGUGCAACAUUUACAACCGGAGCAAUUGCAGCAACAGCAAUUGAAUGUGGUGGGUAAACAACAGCAGCAACACCAACAACCGGAGCAAGCACUAUAUCGCCAAUCCCACCACGCACAUGGUCAACAACAAGAAUCUGCACAAGUGGUACCACAAGAGUUGGUCCAAAAGACUUUAGCGCCACCACCACCACCAUCAUUGCCUACAGCACCUGUACUACCCGAACAUUCCUAUGAGCCAGUAGUGCACUACAAUCCGCAAUAUCUGGUGCAAUAUGAGCAACCUCAGCUUCAGCAACAAAAGCACCAUCUUAAAUACCAACAACCUCAAUUGCAACUCCAGCAUGUACACAUUAAUCCUUCGCAUUUGAACUCUAACCCCCAACCCUCGCACACACUUAGUCCGCAACCUAGUCAUCGUUUUCAAUUGCAUACGCCAUCCCCACCUCCACCAUCUCCUCCCACAGCACCGCACCAGCACCAACCAACAGCAAUUGUAGACAAUUUAAAUAACUUACCAUAUUCACAGGCAGUCAUACAAGGACCCACUCCGGUGCCAUUUACGCAUUUGGCACCACCACCAGCAGCAUUGGGUCCUCCGACUUUACAUAUUGCACCACCACCAGCAGCUGCCGCAAUGACCCCCUACUACCAUCACCCGUUGCUAACGAAUUCACUGCAACCGGCCUUCGCCCCAUUGGGUAUUCCCAGCAAAGUGACAUCAUUUACAAAUGUCUUGCUUCAGCCAUUUGCUCAUGGACACGGACAUGGUCCGACGUAUCAAACAACACCGGAAAUUGGACCCGUAGGCAGCACACUGCCGUAUUUUAAUCAUGACGGUGGUUUACAGUAUAGCUCUCACCUCUACCAUCCGCCCACAUCAGUCAGUGCCAUAGUAAACAAAGUUGCAGUGCCCGAGGUGGCAUCACCUGCAGGAGCAGCAAUAAGAACAUCAGCUAAGGCUUCCUCGGCCACAGCAAAGGCAUCGGGUACAGAUGGUAGCCGGACCAUA